AUGAAAGCGAGUGGCACUGUCUGGUCUGUUGCCGUUUCCCCGGAUGGCCGGUGGAUCGCGACUGGAAACAGCAGGGCGAGGGCGAUCCUUUGGAAUGCGGCCACUCAUGAAAAAGUGCGCCAGUUCACAGAACACCGCUACCCUGUAUAUGACGUCGAUAUCUCGAGCGAUGGUACUAAACUUGCCACUGCGGACUACAACCAAGUCGAGAUACUCAGCAUCCCUUCCGGCGACCGACUCCUCCCUUACCUCUCACAUUCUAACAUUCUUAAUGUCAAGUUCUCUCCGGACGGCACUCGAUUUGCGACCAUCUCGACGACAUAUGGUUUCCGUAUCUACAGCACCGACGAUGGCAAUAUCAUCUUCGAUUCAGGACAAUACGGUUGCGCCAGCGGUUAUCCGCGCUCUUCGUUGGCUUGGUCGUUUGACGGCCAACAACUGUUCGUCGCGAACAUAGGCAAGAUUAUCUGUUUCGACCUUUCUAGCUCUCAAUCUUCAGAAUGGUCAAUCCAUGAAGACCAAUCCCAGCCAUCAUUGGCAUCCAAUGGCAGAUUUUUUGCAUGUGCCGCAGGUUCAUCGGUUUCGCUAUGGGAUUGUUUGUCCCACACGCAGAUCGGUAGUGUUAUCACACAUACCAUACCGGUCCAGUGCGUUGCUCUCUCACCAAGUGGGCGGUAUCUCGCAUGUGCAAAUGGCAACAAUAUCACAAUGCACGAUCUCAGAGAUGUCCUUUCACUUAGGCGUCUCGGCCAUGGUCAUAACACUUUAAUUCGUCGCCAGCUCUGCGCUUUUCAGCUUCCACUCAUAGUAGUGAGUGACGAGGCCUUCGGGCUGUGGAUGCAAGAUGACCCAACAAAAACUGAAGUGCUGCUGUCAGCAGAAAUUGCGAGCGAUCCAAGCCCUAGCCACUACAGGCUAGCAAACCGCGCACUUGUACGAACACGACUGAAAAAUCUGGCAGCUGCGAUAGAGGAUGCCGAAGAGUCCCUCCGGGUUCAGCGAUCACCUAUAGGCCAUAUCGUGAUGGCGAUUGCUCUACUUGGCCAGGGCGAUCGAGAGGGUGCACUACGCACAUUCGACUUUGCAUUUCAUAAUUGUGAGCUGCACGACAUCAGAUUUCUUUCACUGUUGAAGUCGAUCCUUGUGUUCGAAUCCGGAAAUCAAGAAGACGGGAUCACGCGCGCAGAGGACCUUGUUACAGCAGCGGACAAUGAUGACGACGACGACGCCACAUACCUCUACACUUGGGUGCUUGGAGUCAUGUACCUAAAGAAGGGAAGUUAUGGACAUGCGAUACCAUUAAUCGAGCGUGCGAAAAGUCUAGCCCCCAAGGGCAGACACUGUCCUCCUUUAGUGACGAUUUCGCUCGUAUUUGGUUGGAGUUUCAAUGGACUGGAUGGAGUUGCUCAGCAACGUCUAUGUGAGGCCCUCUAUGCUGAAGGACGUGCAGCCGAAGCCACGGAGAUCCUCCUCAAUAUCAUUCAGACAUCAGACAAGGAGGGAAAUGCAAUUGCAGGUUGGAUUGCAGACUUCACCAAAAAAUGUGCUGUGAUGCUUGAGCAUGCUGGCGACGAUGUGUUCGGAUCUUCAAAAUAUGAUGAAGCAAUAGCGCAGUACUCUGCUGCGUUGUCCCUCCGCCCUCAAAGUCCUGCGUGUCUGCUUAUCAAACGAAGCAGAGCUCGAGCUGCGAAAGAGUUGUGGGAGGAUGCACUACAGGAUGCGAACGAGGCGGUGAAAGUGGAUCCCUCUAGCCCUUGGGGCUAUGAGGCCAAGCACCUGGCGCUUCAUGGUGCAAAGCAAUAUGACGAGGCAAUUGAGGCUUUCGAGUCUAUGCUACACAACAUCGAACAGUCGCAUGACCCUGAAAUCAUCCAACUGCGUAAGAACUACAUUUCACCAUCCGACGCGAUUGCGGCUACCGAUUCCAUCGUCCGCGAGAUCUGUUGUCCCUUCGUCGUCAUUGAUGUCACUACUGGUCGCCUUUGUGACGAGACCGAGCGGAUGGGUAUAUUCAAGGCUGAUCAGAGCUUCAAGGCACUUGUGUCAUCCAUGACGAAAAAAGUGGACGAGACGCGGAUCCGACCUGUGGUUAAAAGCUUUUUCGGAUACGUCAUGUUCUCGCAUGCGUGGGAGGGGAAGGAGCCGUCGUUCCAGGACGUCAAGCUAGUCAAAUCCGUGUGGGACCUUCCGUUCCAGGAUGUCAAUGAAGUCAAACCCGUGUGGGGCCUUCCCAAAACGCGCUUGAACAAGAAGUUGCGCGAUUUCUGUCAGGAAUCGAGCAGGCUCGGUUACAAUUGGGCCUGGUCGGAUACGUGUUGUAUCGACAAGUCCCAGAGCGCCACUGUUACCCUAUCCGAAUCCCUUACUUUGAUGUACAAAUGGUAUGCGAAUUCGGCGGCCACGCUUGUAUACCUUGCCGGUGUAGCCCAUCCGUCCAAACCUGGGGACCUUGCACGUAGCUUUUGGAUGACGCGAGCUUGGACUUUACAAGAGCUUCUCUCACCAGAAGUUAUCCUGUUCUAUGACUCCGAGUGGAAACCAUACCUCGGCGAUAUUGGUAUGAACCACAAGCAAUCUCCGGUAAUCAUGCAAGAACUAGCAGAGGCUAUCAAGAUUCCUUCCGGAACCAUCGUCACGUUCUCUCCAGAUGAUCUUGGGGUUCGCGAAAAGCUUCGUCUCGCUUCUACACGCAAUGCGACGAGGGAGGAAGACGUCGCAUACUCCCUCAUCGGCAUAUUCAAGUCCGAUAUCAGACCCCACUAUGGCGAACGAUCCGACGCUCUCGGGCAUCUCUUGGAGGAGAUCGUGGCUCGCACCGGCGAGGUCACCGUGCUUGCGUGGUCAGGAAAGCCAUCGUCAUACAAUAGUUGUCUCCCGGCCUCCCUUUCUGUUUACAACGAAACUCCUUACAACCCUCCGUUACUCGAAGGGGAAGAAAUGGAAAGUUGCAUCAUGAAGCUACGUAACAAGUUGCCCAGGAAAGAAGCGCGGAUUAUAUAUAAUAAAAUCCACGGUCUCUCCCCCGCCCGUUUUGCAACCCGACGUCUGCACCUUCCGUGCAUCAUCUUCCCUGUGAGAAGUCUCGACAAGCCGUGCGGAAGCAAUGACAAGUUAUAUCGUGCGCAGGUAUCGGGGCUUGGCGAGGUGGAAUUCACGACCGCAGACCAGCUCUCGCUGAACGGGACACAGAAGUUCGUCUUCGCGCAUCCGUGGAUCGAUUAUAUCCGAGGUCUGAACAGUGGGAUUACCUGGGGAGAUGACUCGGAGUCUGAUCCUGAUUCUGACUCGGAUGAAGUUGCACCAUCACCCACUGUCCCCGCACGACAGGUUGACAACUAUACGCGGGCACUGGAGAUGGUUGCUCGCCUCGGACAGCCGUUCAACGCGUUUCUUUUUGUGCAACAGUUGAAUGGAACGUACAAGAGGGUCGCUGCCGAGAGGGAGAUUGUCGUCUCGGGACCCGGAACCAACAUUACCUCCAAGAACAUCCGAGUGAAAGUGCUAGAAAUCCUUUGACGUCUAUGUGCUAGUUGUUACGUCUGGUCUAUCUUGCUUUCUUUUCUGGCCAUUUUUGCGUUCGUAUUGUUUGUGCUGUUUUCGUAGCCUCUGUUCAUUGUCCUUAUCAUACCCCUGCUCGCAUUGUCAUAUUUGUACCUGUUCGAAAAUUCUGAACGAUACAUGAAUUGAACUUGAUAAUACCCCCGUAACCCGAGGGACCCGACCGAAAGUGGGUGUCCGCGUAUAAAGUUUUGG